AUGCCUCAAAGAAAUAUUCUAUUGAUGAUCGCCGAUGAUCUCGGCAAGCAACUGGGCUGCUACGGAAACAGCAAGAUCCAAACGCCGCAUCUAGAUCAGUUGGCUGCAGAAGGCACUAGAUUUGAUCAAGCUUUUACAAGUACUGCAUCGUGCAGUGCUAGUCGGUCGGUCAUCUAUACUGGCCUCCAUACUCAUCAAAAUGGACAAUAUGGACUCCAUAAUGGGCGCCAUCAUUUCACCACGCACGACCAUGUGGAAACUGCUCCUGCAUUGUUCUCUCAACACGGAUACACCACUGGGCUCAUUGGCAAGGUGCAUGUUGGGCCAUCUUGCGUGUAUCCUUGGGAUAUGAAAGCCGAGAGUGACAGUCGUGACGUUGCCUCUGUCGCCGAUCAAGCUACUACAUUCUUUGAGAGCUCCAAGUCAACUGAAAAGCCCUUUUUCUUGACUAUCGGAUUUAUCGAUCCGCACCGUGAUCUCUCACGCUCGGGAUUCGGUAAUGAUGGCGAAUAUGAUCCUCGAGUGAAGAAUAUUGACUACAAGCCGGAAGACGUCGAGAUCCCGCCCUUCAUUAAUGACCUACCUAAAGUUCGAUGUGAAUUUGCAGAAUACUACAAGUCCAUUUCUCGACUCGACCAAGGUAUCGGCAUGGUCUUGGAAGGGCUGAAAAAAACCGGCCUAAGUGACGAUACACUCAUUCUCUUCGUGAGCGACAACGGCCCCCCAUUCAUCAACUCCAAAACGACUCUAUACGACGCCGGAGUCUGCCUACCCAUGAUAAUGAAGUGCCCCGGAUCCUCCGCUGGUGUAGCAAACCCCAACCUCAUAUCCUAUGUCGACAUUCUGCCUACACUUCUUGACUGGGCCCAGCACCCGAAUCCCUCGCAUCCAACCCGUCUCGGGCGUUCAUUUCUUCCCAUCCUGGCAGAGCAAUCCCAACUCGAGACAUGGAGCGAAGUAUUCGGCUCACACACAUUCCAUGAAAUAACAAACUACUGGCCUACCCGAUUCAUGCGUAAUCGCCGCUACAAAUACCACCGCAACAUCGCCUGGAGACUGGAUUUUCCUUUCGCGGCUGAUAUUUACGGCUCGUUGACUUGGGAGGAGAUCCGCAACUCCGACGCAAGUCCGAAGAUGAUCGGUCCUCGUCCACUCAAAGAUUACUUUUUCCGCCCGGCGGAGGAGCUGUAUGAUAUUCAGGCCGAUGCGGAUGAAGUACGUAAUCUUGCGAAGGAUCCGGAGUACGCUCAUGUUCUGGAGGAAAUGCGCAUUGCCAUAGAGAAAUGGCAGGGUCUGAGUGAGGAUGCUUGGCUCUAUCGUGAUGGAGUCUCUAUGCUUUUGGUUCGGCACCAUAUUGAUGCUGGCUUGGAGGUUCCUGAUCGUUGGGAUUUUGAUACUGAUGUGCCGGAGAGCAAAGGUCAGCCCAAAUUCGCUUCUAACUUUGCUUGGGGGGCUUAG